CAAUGACGGUUCUAUGACUGGAUUUGUUAAAACCGAGGGAGAAAUGUAUGACUCUGCAGAACUCUCGAGUAAAAUGGCGGCUGUUGUGGCUAAUCGUAGAUUAGAAAAGUCUACUAAGUCAGAGAUUAAGGCCGUUUCUAUUGAAAAUAAAAAAGAAACUGUUGAAAGCUCUUUUGCUGAGUCAGUCGAUAUUCAAGGUGAAUCAGAAGAUAUACUAAAUACAACCAUCGAGCUGAAUGAUUCCGUGGAAUGCCUCGACGAAAUACCAGCUGCUGAUGCCGAAAUAAUUACAGGCACAGAGAAAUUUAAUUCAACUAUCCAGUUAGACAAUACACAAGAAAUCGAAGAUUUUUUGAUAGACACUUCUGCCAUGUCCGCUUCCGGAUCUGAGUCGAUGAAUAACACGACUUUCUACGAUGCGAUGGAGUCGUUAAACUCUUCGUCAAUCGAGGAAACACCUUGUGUAUCUAAGUCAGUUGAAACUAUCAAGUCUCCAAUGACCCCAAAGUCCAAGAAAAAGUCCGAAAGUUUGUUCCGAAAAGUGAUGGAAAAAACACCGUUUUUAAAGUCAAAGCCCAUUGCGUCCUCAAGUAAAGUUGAAGAUUUGAGCGGUAGUUCCAUUGUAACCGAGGAAGAACACUCGAGAGAGAGCAAACGUGUAAGAGAUGAGCGACAAGUGCCAGAUCUGCCAAGUCCACCCUCUCAUAGACUGACAGUAACAGAGAUCUUCGAUGCAGAGUCAGGAAUGCCUCGACCAGAUGUCCUCAUGAACCACUUCAUUCUGGAAGGUAGAAUCGACGAAUCAGCAGCAUUGCGAAUCAUCAAUAAUGGUGCUGCUCUUCUACGAUCCGAAGAAACAAUGAUUAAAGUUGAGGCUCCAGUUACUAUGUGUGGUGAUAUUCAUGGACAAUUCUAUGAUCUAGUAAAAUUAUUCAAGGUUGGAGGUGACCCCUCAACUAUAAACUACCUCUUUUUAGGCGACUACGUAGAUAGGGGGUAUUUCGGUAUUGAGUGCGUGUUGUAUCUGUGGGCACUGAAGUUGUGUUAUCCAACCAAACUGUUCCUACUCAGAGGCAAUCAUGAGUGCCGACAUCUCACUAAAUAUUUCACAUUCAAACAAGAAUGCAAUGUAAAAUACUCAGAGCAGGUAUAUAAUGCGUGUAUGGACGCAUUCGAUUGUUUACCACUAGCAGCCUUGGUAAAUAAUCAGUUUCUGUGCGUUCACGGUGGCCUAUCACCACAAAUCCAUGACUUAGAAGACAUCCAAAAGUUGGACAGGUUCAGAGAACCACCAGCUUAUGGACCGAUGUGUGACUUACUUUGGUCAGAUCCACUCGAAAACUUUGGUAAUGAAAAGCAUUCGGAACACUUUAUACAUAAUAGUGUUCGGGGUUGUUCGUUUUUCUACAGCUAUGCAGCGUGUUGUGAUUUUCUGGAAACCAACAGUCUUUUAAGUGUCAUAAGGGCGCACGAAGCACAGGAUUCUGGUUAUCGUAUGUAUCGUAAAGGCCAGAAGACAGGCUUCCCAUCGCUCAUAACUAUCUUCAGUGCACCCAACUACCUCGAUGUCUACAAGAAUAAGGGGGCCGUGCUCAAGUACCAGGAUGGCGUACUGAAUGUUAGACAAUUCAAUUGCUCACCACAUCCAUACUGGCUGCCAAAUUUUAUGGAUGUGUUUACCUGGUCCCUGCCAUUCGUUGGUGAAAAAGUUACUGAUAUUCUAGUUAGUGUAUUGAACAUUUGCACCGAUGACGAGCUCAUGAGUGACGGAGACGCCUCCCUUGAAGAAGCUGCAAAUUUACACAAGGAAGUUAUCAGAAACAAGAUAAGGGCGAUUGCAAAAAUGGCACGAGCAUUUUCUGUCCUCAGAGAAGAGAGCGAGACUGUCUUGGAGUUGAAAGGACUUACGCCCACGGGUUUCCUUCCUUUGGGAGCACUGUCCGGUGGCAAGAUGUCUCUGAAAAACACGCUCAAAAGUUACAAAAACCUAUCGUUCGACGAAGUCAAGCGUCUGGAUGCUAUUAACGAGCGGAUGCCGCCGCAAAAGGACGCACCACCUAUGUCAGUGGAUGAGGAAAAGCUUGCCGCUGCGGCUACUGAAGAGAAACAAGAAUAAUAAUCAUCUUGCUUGAGGUAAAAACUAUGAGUUUUAAAUUCUGGACUCCUCAAAACAUCAUCUAUGCUGUUAGAUUAAGUCAAAUCCGAUAUUACCCAGAAUAAACACUGAAAAAUAAAAAUCUAAAAAUGAAACUAAAUGGAAAUAAUAUUA